UUCCGAUCGGCAAUGAGCGCAAAUACAAAUGUUUUCCGCAGCGAUACACGGCCACUAACACACACCAACGUUAUUUAUUUUCAUUUUUUUCUGGAUGAUAAAGGUCGGUUUGUCAGAUAAUAGGUUGAUAACGCUAAUCGAGAUAUGGCAGCAGUCAGCUUCUCCGAGGCGCUCUGUCAGCCGUGCGUUUAUCACGAGAAAUUCAAAGGUAAGUCGAGCAUCAUUGACCCAUCAUUAUUUAUUUAAUUUAUUGCAUGUGCGAUUAAACUGGUUAUCACACGCCGUACAAUGGCGUACUGCUUUGAUUUGAAAUUAUUUAUGUUGUCGCAUUGUACACAGAUUAUCGCGUACAAUAGGGAUUCCUCAGUUCUACACAUUACAUUCCUAGCUAUCUGUACUGAUCUAAACGUUGCAACCCUCUGGGGGGGGGGACCUUAUGUGCUGAAACCCCUGUGGUCAGUUGAGCUGAAUGUGAAGAGACCCCUGAUGCCUGUCCACCUGAGUCCAGAGCAGGUGGGGCUGGAGAUGCUGUAUCUCUGUGGACAACUGGACCUUCUCAUCAGGGCACAGGUACACCAGUUCCAGGAGCAGCUGAGACAGGACUGUAGCCCUGAGGAGUCGGACACUUUCCAGGAGCAAGGAGCAGAGAUUAUUGAUCAGAUGCUCCAAUGCUUAGAACACCUGCCAAAACCUAUGCCGCACCUGGAGGACUAUCUUGACAUGGUGGGUCUGUCGACCAUGUACCCUCGCGUGGAGGUGUUCCUCAUCCAGGGCAGUCCAGUAGACAUGCUGGAGAAACCCCCAAUGGAUGAAUACUUCUCACACAUCGGGAGGCUCAAUCAGCUACUAGUACUUAGUCAGCAGCUAGAGGAGGAUGUAAAACAUCUCGGGAGCCACAAAUACAUCGCCCACCAGCUGUCAGUUAUAUAUCAAGUGCUCAGCUCAUUCCGAGGUAUCCAGCCACUGUCGGUCCUGAAGAAAGAGAUUGAGGCCAACUUCAGACAGAUGAAGACAUCUUUGCUGACAGAGGAGGGCUCCAGACAGGAGCCUCAGCUCCCAGCACACUACAUCAGCUGGAUAUUGGAGCUGACUCUUAGUAUAACGUCAACAGUCUCCUCGCUACCAGAGGAACUCACUGAAGACUUGAGUCCAGCCAUGACCUUUGUGUCCCAGCUAUGACAUCUCACCUGACCUCACAACACCUAACAUUGUGUUACAUAUUACCAACCUGUGAAUGUUAAUGAAUGUGUUAUAAAUGUGUUAGGCCAAAUGUCUAAAAAGAGGUGCUAAAUAAUGUUACUGUAUGAAAUUGCAUUUGAACAAAUUAAUGUUUACAUUGGCCAAUAAAUUAAAUUGAGAGAAGCCUAUAGACUGAAAAUCUUCUGAAUUUCAAUAACAGAGAUUGACCACGAGUCAUAGAUUUGAAAGAGAACAGGCUAAUCGGGCAAAUGGUGCUCGUUUAAUAAAGUUAGAUCAAAGAGAAGAACGACUGCCCCCCCGCACCUUCUCAUUGAAGCCACAGAAGUUCAAGGCCGAUCGCGGUAGAGCAUGCAUUGUUAGCGGAAAACAGGAUAGUGAAUGGAAAAAUGGAAAUCCUUAUGGUCAAUCUUCGUCUAAAUAAAUACACAUUUGAAAGAAAACCAUUGUACCAAUAGUUGCUUCUAAUACACCAGAUGUAUGUCAUUGAACCGAUUAUUUUAAAAUCGCAGAAAAUAAGUUAAGGAUAUUUUCGUUGCUAAUGGCAGCCUGCCGUUUGGCUAUCAACUUGUGUUACUCAGCUAGCCUGCACUGUCACGCAGUGUUGCCAACUCCUCAGUAAGGAAAGUAGCUGUUGGCUGUCCUAAAAGUCGCAAGAAGUCGCUAAAUGACGUCAUCACCUAAUUUUCAUAUUUGGCCAUGUGCAUGUAAUUGUGAUGGACGCUGUAGGAGAGAGGAAUAACAUCGUGGGAGAGACAAAAAGUGAGUAAAAAAACAGCCUAAAUAUGUUUAGAACUACAAAUGAACUUUCUUCUGUCGUUUCUUGUUUUUUUUAUGUCACAAUUCCAACCCUCCUCCAAUUUAUGACUUCAAAGUCUUUUAGUGAUUGGGACCGGCAAAAGUGACCCAAAAGAGACACUCGGUUACUUACUUACUUUUUGUUCUACUGUAUUAUUGACUAUGUUUUGUU